UUGGUAGUUAAGUUAUAAUUUAAACGUAAAUUAGUUGUAACAUUGUACGUACCAAAAUCGAAAUUUCUCUAUAAAUAUGAUCUUCUCUCUCAUUCUUAAGAUGCACAAAAAAAAAACAAAAAGAGCAAAAAAAAAAACGGGAAGUAGUUAAAAAAAUGUCCGAAAAUAUUUAUGCGCUUCGGAGUUGGAUGUAUGCGCAUAAAGAUUCAACAGGAAAAGUAACAGACGAAUUUCUGAACGGAGCAGAGAUAUUCAUGUACCAGGCCGGACAGACGCCUCUCACAAAGGAAACGGGUAAAAUGUUCUGUCCAUGUCGUAAAUGCAAAAAUACGAAGUUUGCUGCUAGUGAUACCGUUUGGAAACAUAUAGUAAAUAGAGGAUUUACUCCACAUUACUAUAUUUGGUUUAACCAUGGAGAGGGUGAUAAUAGGAAUGAAGCUAGUGGUAGUAAUCAUGUUGAAAAUGUUCGUAACAGAGAUGAACCACAUUUGCCUUCUGAAAGUGUUAUUCAAGAAAAUCAUAUGUUAGAUCAUGAUAGAAUGCAUGAUAUGGUUACUGAUGCAUUUCGUGAAACAACAUCAGUAAUAGAGGAGGUUGAAAAUGUAGAGGGGCCUAAUUUGGAUGCAAAAAGAUUUUAUGAAAUGCUAGCAGCAGCAAAUGAGCCAAUCUAUGAAGGUUGUAGAGAAGGUCUUUCUAAAUUAUCUUUGGCAGCUAGGAUGAUGAAUAUCAAAACUGAUCAUAACUUACCUGAAGUUUGUAUGGAUGCAUGGGCUGAGUUGUUUAAAGAGUAUUUGCCUGAAGAUAACUUGUGUGCUGAAUCUUAUUAUGAGAUUCAGAAACUUGUUCAUAGUCUUGGCUUACCUUCGGAGAUGAUUGAUGUGUGUAUAGACAACUGUAUGAUAUACUGGGGAAAAGAUGCAGAAUUAUUAGAGUGUAAAUUUUGCAAGAAGCCAAGAUAUAAACCGCAAGGACGUGGACGAAAUAGGGUGCCGUACCAGCGGAUGUGGUACUUACCAAUCAAGGAUAGACUCAAGAGAUUAUAUCAAUCUGAAAAGACGGCAGCGUCGAUGAGAUGGCAUGCAGAACAUGAUCAGAAGGAAGGAGAGAUCAAUCAUCCCUCUGAUGCCAAAGCGUGGAAACAUUUGAAUAAUGUCUAUCCUGAUUUUGCAAGCAACCCCCGCAACGUUUAUCUUGGGCUCUGCACAGAUGGCUUUAGUCCAUUUGGAAUGUCUGGAAGACAAUACUCUCUCUGGCCAGUCUUCUUGACGCCAUACAACCUUCCACCAGAGAUGUGUAUGGAAAAAGAAUUGCUUUUCAUGAGUAUAUUGAUACCUGGACCAAAACAUCCCAAAAGAUCCCUUGAUGUUUUUCUACAACCUUUGAUUGAAGAAUUGAAGGAAUUGUGGUCAACAGGCGUGCAGACAUAUGAUUGUUCAACGAGAACAAACUUUACAAUGCGAGCAGUUCUACUGUGGACUAUUAGUGAUUUUCCUGCAUAUGGGAUGUUGUCGGGCUGGACGACGCAUGGGAGGCUAUCUUGUCCAUAUUGUAUGGGAAGCACAGACGCAUUUCAGUUGAAGCAUGGUAGGAAGACGUCCUGGUUUGAUUGUCAUCGGAGAUUUCUUCCCAUUAACCAUCCAUACCGAAGGAACAAGAAACACUUUCGGUCAAAAAGGAUAGUAAGGGACACCGCUCCACCAUAUUUAUCUGGAGAGGAAAUCGAGAAGGAUAUUGAUUACUAUGGUGGACAAAGCACAGUUGUCAAAGGCGGUAAUUGGCAUAAUCCUCCGAAUAUGCCUAAUGGUUACGGGACUCAGCAUAAUUGGCACAAGAAGAGUAUAUUUUGGGAACUUCCAUAUUGGAAAGAUCUGCUGCUGCGCCACAAUCUGGACGUGAUGCAUAUAGAGAAGAACUUCUUUGACAACAUCAUGAAUACGUUGUUGAACGUCCCUGGGAAGACAAAAGAUAACAAGAACUCAAGGUUGGAUUUACCUGCAUUAUGUUCUCGGAUUGAACUGCAUAUUAUGAACGAUGGGAGAAUUCCAGUUCCCAUUUUCAGAUUGUCAGCACAAGCAAAAGCUGCGUUGUUCAAGUGGGUGGCGUCAGAUGUGAAGUUUUCUGAUGGAUAUGUUUCAAAUCUAUCAAGAUGUGUUGAUCAUCAGGGACAAAAGUUUUCAGGAAUGAAGAGUCAUGACUGUCAUGUUUUUAUGCAACGACUUCUGCCAUUUGCACUUGCGGAGUUGGUUCCAAAAGAGGUUCACGAAGCACUUGCAGGUAACAAAUAAUUAAAGUUAUUAUUUCUUCUUGUUGGAAAAAAACUUAUGAUUGUAAAUUAUGUGUAGGCAUCGGAGCUUUUUUCAGAGAUCUUAGUGCACGCACCUUAACUGUAGACGUCAUCACACAACUUGAUGCGAAUAUCCGGAUCUUGAUGUGUAAUUUGGAGAAAAUUUUUCCUCCGUCCUUUUUUGACGUCAUGGAACAUCUGGUUAUCCACCUUCCGUAUGAGGCAAUGCUACGUGGACCUGUUCAUAAUGGAUGGAUGUAUCCUUACGAACGAGCUAUGAAAUAUUUGAAAGGCAAAGCAAAAAAUCUGGCAAGGGUAGAAGGUUCAAUAGUUGCUGGGAGUUUGAAUGAGGAAACAUCUCACUUUACGUCCUACUACUUUGCGUCACAAGUCCGGACCAAAAAAAAGAAUACGAGCAGAUAUGAUGAUGGUGGUGUUAUGCCGACAUAUAUUGUUGAAGAUGUUCCAGACAUAUUUACUCAGAUUGGACGGCUUGGUGGAAAACUAAAAGAAGUUUGGUGGUCAAGUUCUGAAGACGCACAUAGUGCCCACACAUAUAUACUUCUUAACUGCGAGGAGAUUGAAUCAUUUGAAAGCGAUUUUGUUGCCCAAGUCGAAGAAGCUAUACCAGGAAUAUCAACUGCUGAUCUCAACAAAAGGAAAGACCAACACUUUGUGAAAUGGUUAAAAACGCAGGUACGUCGUGUAUCUAAUUAAUUAACAUGAAAAUUAAUUAUAUGAUUGGUUAAGUCUUUAUACAAAUAAAUGUUGAUGUUCCAGGUUGAUUAUGAUGAUCAAUUUUAUCCUCAAUGGUUUCACGAAUUGAUACAAGGUCCGGUCGGUAAGGUCACCAUUGCAUCUAUGUAUUUCACAAGAGGAUACACUUUUCACACUUACGAAUAUGGAAGUCGACGAGCAACAAUGAACUAUGGAGUAUGUGUGAAAGGUGAAACAGAUUUCUAUGGAAUCUUAAAAGAGAUCAUCGAAGUGGAGUUCCCCGGUGUAGUGAAGCUGAAAUGCGUGCUCUUCAAAUGUGAUUGGUUUGACCCCACAGUCAAUAGAGGUGUUCGAUAUAGCAAGUUUGGUGUUGUUGAUAUAAAUGCUUCACGGAGGUACAACAAAUUUGAACCCUACAUAUUGGCUUCUCAAGCAGAUCAGGUUUGUUUUGUUCCAUACCCGAAGAUCAGACAAUCUGGAAUAUCUUGGUUAGCAGCUAUAAAAGUUACACCUCGGGGCAGAGUUGUGAAUGAUGACCCACCGCCAUUACAAGAAGAUGCAGUAAAUGAAGUUGAAGUACCCGAACAAGUAGAAGAUGAUAUCUUACUUAUUGAUCCGCAUAAUCCGGGAUACGAAGAACUUCCAGACGAUGCAACGAAUGAAGCAAAUGAAGAUGAAUUUGAAGAAAAUGAUGAAGCGGAUGAUGUUUCUGAUGACGAGU